AUGACGAUAGGCAAUUCAAUAGCCGACGCCACAAACACCUGCCUGCAAAAUCUUGAGUCAUGUCUCUCUAUUGAGAGGCUGGCGCAGGGUGCGUGGGCAGAGACCCGCCUUGGAGACUUCAACCUCUGGAUAUCGGGGAUAGGUGCAUUGGCACCGGGAAAAGCUUCCCUCGACGCGAGGCUUGGUCGUAGACCAGAAGCUCAGAGAGUCGUCACCAACAUCCUGAUUUUACUUGGGUCGAAUGUCGAACGAUGCAAAGAACUAGGUCGGUUUCAAGCGCAGCCUAGUGGAGAUAGCGAAUCUGGGGACAGUCUGCAGUUGGCUGACGAUGAUGAGCCGCCAAGGGCGUUCUCGCCUUGGUCUGAUCAUUCAGCGUCUGAUGGCUCGACUCCAUCUGAGGGCCAGAGUGGCCGGAAUUCCCCAACUGGUGCCCUAGACGAGGCAAUGAGAGAUGUCGAGGAGCUGCUUGACCAGCUUGGCCAGCUCGGGCUCGUCAUUCGGCGGGCAGGAAAGCGAUCGCGGUUCGUCAAAGCAGACCAGAGAUUUCGUCCUGAAGAGCACGAGAUGUUGGAAAGCCAUCUAACAUCUAUGCUACUCAUGUGGUCUUGCUCACACCCAACACCUGGAGCCCCUGUCUCAGGGCCACUCACCGAGAUCCAGAACCGACUUGUUCACAGUAAUAUGAAGAGACGUAACCGCUUUUUAUAUGCCCAAACUCACUCGCUGGGCUUAGCCCCGGCACAUGUUAACCGCCUGAAGUCGGAGUCUACGGCCGCAACACCGACGAUUGAAUCUAACUUUCCUCAGCAUUCACCGCGAGAGGGAGACAAAGCCGAUAGGAAGCCAAGGGAAGGGCGCGACGGUGUUCCCCAGACCAGGCAAACGGUGACCACGGCCUCCGCUAUUAGCGAUUCAUUUGCCAAAGAUACAUUGGAUGUACCACCACCAAAGGGUACAUCGACAAUGCUGUCUACUACUGUGGGUAGUCUUGAGUAUCCACGCCCUCCGCGAUUGAAGGAAACCGCGCGAGUGUUUCGCUGUCCUUGCUGCUGCCAGACCCUUCCUGCCGAUAUGGCAACACCUUCAAGAUGGAAAAAACACAUUGCAGAAGAUCUAUGUCCUUACACCUGCAUUCUACCUCACUGUCGUCAGCCUGACCUUCUUUUUGACACAAAGGCAGAAUGGCUUCAACACCUUCGAGAAACACACAGUAGCGCGACCUACUGGGUGUGCUCUAUCUGUGACAAUGAGAACACGUUUGCCACUGAAGAAACCUUCAUCAACCACAGCAGGAUGGCUCAUCAUGACUCCGUGCCACGGGAUCAAGCCCCCUUACUAGCUGAUAUCUCUCAGCACUCGGCCCCUACAGAGAUCCGCUGCUGCCCAUUUUGCAAUUGGACAGGAGAGAAAGGCGAGACUGAUAUGCGCACUCUUCUUGACCAUAUCGCACGAGGCGUUCAUUCGUUUUCACUGCGGGCAUUGCCAUGGGCAGAUGACAAUGGACAGGAAAUUGAUGAACGCAUUGAACAUUCAUGCGCCAAAGUACAGGAAUGGCUCUUUACGUCUGGACUCUCUAACGGCCCUCCGUAUAAAGAACCACCACCUCGAGAGAAAAGAAGGUUUGUCCAUGACCACUUUGAGCAUAACCCUUACUUUCCUGGGAACUCCGAUGGCUCUAGCUCUGAUGGCUCAAAGUCCUCGGGCUCCCUUGGUAGGAAACUGGAGAAUAUAAGGGGAGAAACAUCUCUUGACUUUGAAAACCUCGAUAAGAGCGAUUCAAAUUCGGAA